UUGUAUCCUGAUGCACACUUCCGGUCAUACGGUGGACCAAAUGGAGGUUAGUUCGUGGUGACACGGCUUCAUUUCAACAAAUCGAAUCAAAUUCUGAAAUUUUUCUGAAACUGUUAGAUAUUUGAAAAGAUAAUCAAAAUGAUAUUGAUUUUCGAAAUUAUAAGACAAUUUGAAAAGUGAGCGUUUUGAACGCAAGUGUCCUGUUGCACACUUCCGGUCAUACGGUGGACCAAAUGGAGGUUCGUACAUGGUGACUUGCGUUCAAUUCGACGCUAAAAUUGCUGUUAAUUUUAAUUAUCACACAUUUCAUUUACAGUGGGUUUUUGAUACAAAUGAGCCCUUGCUUCCGGUCAUACGGUGGACCAAUGGAAGUUGGCUAAAAGCAUUUGUAUCAAUACACCAUUAA